CAUCGAUUAUACGGGUCCGUAUCAAGGACACCAUUUUCUUAUCAUCAUUGACACUAAAUCAAAAUGGGCAAAAAUCGAAUUCUGUACGGCAGCGUCAACAUCGGUAUCAACCAUCGAACUACUAAAAGACGUUUUCUCGCGUCAUGGUUUUCCAGACGUAAUGGUCAUCCAGCUACGAAUGGCUUAGCUGAAAGGAAUAUACAAACCCUCAAUCACAGAUUAGCAGCCAUAGUCAAUGAACCAUUAUCGAUGCGUCAAAAAGUACGGGAGAUACUAUUUCGAUAUCGAGCGACACCUCAAACAACAACAAAACGCCUGCAGAACAAUAUUUGCAGAGACAAAUUCGUAUUUGACGCACUCAAACCAAAUUAAGUUCCAGUCGUCCACUGUUCCAGACCGCAAAACUCGACAGUUAAGUGUGGGAGAGCAUGUACAACCGCGCUAUUAUUCGAACAACAAAGCACAGUGGAAGCCAGGAACAAUUAUCAAAAAAUUUGGACAGCUUUAUUACUUGAUAGAACUGAAUGACGGAUACAAGUUCAAGCGGCAUAUUGAUCAAUUAUGUUACGUAUGUAUUGAUCAAUUACGACCAAUCGAUGUUCAACCAAAGAAAUCGGUAUCAUUUACAGGGAUACCUGAUGAACCAGAUCUUAAUAAAAAUGAUCAAGGUUCAAUCAUUGAGGAUUUGAUGACGAUACCAGGGAAUCAGCCGGGAUAAGACAACCAGGAACCCAGCAACAACUCACGGGAAUCGCUGACGGAACAGGCAGAAGCGGCAGAUUAACCUGAUCGCCGAUCCAACAGACCGCGUCGAUGACCGCAUUAUUUGAAUGAUUACAUCGUGGAUAAAUGUUAGCUUCAUUAAUAAUCGUUUAAAUAAGCGUGGGAGAACUA